UUCGAUUAAAGAAAGAAAUCAAAAAUCGUCGUAUUCGAAUCAAACAAAGAAAAAAUAAAAAAUAAAAAUAAAAAUAUGUCACCUCUUCAAGCUUAUCCAAGUCAUUAUCAUAAUAAUAAUCAAUGGGUUAUUAUAGAUGAGUCAUCUUCAAUCGCUUCUCCAAAUCAACGAAAUAGUCGACCUCAACCUCCUUUGCCAAUUAUUAAAGUACCAUUUCCACCAAGUGUAAAUCCAGAAGAAUUAAUAUUGAAACCAAGGAAAGCAAAAUCUAAAUUACCAACAAAACCUCCAAAUGCAUUCAUGAUUUAUAGAAUGCAAUAUGUUAAAGAAUUACAUGCAAGGGAUUAUCGUUUACCUAUGAGAAGUGUAUCAGCUUCGGUAGCUUCGGCUUGGAGAGAUGAACCUGAACAUAUCGUAGAAUAUUAUGAAGAAAUUGCAAGGGAAGCAAGUAAAAUUUAUAAUCAAAAAUAUCCAAAACCUCCCGUUCAACAAAGAUCCGUAGUUGGAAAACCACCAGCUCAGAGAAGAAGAAGUGGAUUAACUAGUUUAACUUCAACACCAUCAUUCGAUGAUUUAAAUGGUCAUGUUUUAAAUCAUAAUGACGAUUUACGUCAACAUCAUUAUAAUUAUAACCCAAUUCGUUAUUAUUCCGAUCAUAAUCGAACUUUACCUAAUGGGACAGCUCAUUCAUUUACUCAUGGUGGUAAUAAUCAUUAUCAUAAUCAUCAUAUGCAUUCUCCUCCAGCGAUUCCCUCUUUGAUUACUGAACAUCAUCAUUAUGGUAAUUCUGGGGGAAUUUUAGGAAGAUCUCAUGUACGUUCCCCAAAAUCUUUAUCAGCUCCCUAUCCUCCAACUUCUAAUAUUCAUAUGCAAUUACCUCACGUAAAUUCUUUGGUUCAUUAUAUGGCAGAAGGUGUAACUUCUCCUACUGAAUGGGAUUUUUCUAAUUCCAAUCAUAAUUAAUGUUAAUGAAAUUCGUUUUUUUUAAAAAAAAAUAAUAUAUUUUUUUUUAUUAUAUAUAUAUUUUACUUUUUUUUUUUUUCUUUGUUUAUCAUGU